UCUCAGGAGCUUUCGACUCAUGAUUUUCUAAAACUCCUGAGGUUGGUGUCUGCUCCUGCCCCGGUUGAGCACAGCCGGCAUCCAGUUAGCUGCGUCCUUAAAUGGACGUCUCCCUCUAAUGAAACUGCUUUCUUUAGUAUCUGUAAAGUUUUAUUCAUUCAAAACUGUUUCUCAAACACUCAGGACUCUACUUUUCGUUAACGAUGUACUAGAUCGCUCUUCCGGUCCACGGCUGCCUUUUUAGCUAGUUUCUGCCCACCCCCCCCUCUCCGGUAGUGGCUUGUUUAUUCUAUUUUCUUUUCAGUGGUUUGCUGCACAGCUUUUCACUUCUUUCCUUUUCUAUCCGAGGCACUGGGCCUCAGAUAAACUGAAGACGAACGAUUUGAGCUACUGAGAAGGAACCCGUGCUCGCCGGGACGGCGUUCGGUCUGAGUGAGCUCGUCUGCACUCGUAAACUUCCGCCUUUCCAAAGUAAAUGCUACUUGGAAGUACUUUGCUGCCAACUGAGGGCUUUCGAAAGGACGAACCUUCAGACAAACAAGUUCCUCUCUUCAGCUUCUUCCGGUCGGAACCUUCAACCGCGUCUGCCGACGACAGCACCCCGACUUCGGGGGCUUCGGUGGGAUUGCAUCGAACGCCUUUGCGUAGCGAUCUUGCCGACCAGGGAAACUGACCAUGGAGACUUCUAAGCAGAAAGAAAAAACGUCGUCGCAGACCUGCAGCUUCGCUUUCCUCAGGCGGAAGCCGUUGAUUAUCAGACACAUCGACGCGCUGAAGGUGGAGUCGGCUUUCUGUGAAAUCAGUGGUGCUUCAAGGACUAUUCAGCGCAAAGAAGCAGUCGCGAAUUUAGCGAGGUAUCUGGGACUUGCUCCAUCGGAGCAAGAAGUCGACACGUUUUUCCACCGAGUGAACGGCCGCUGCGACCUCGCGGCGUUCGGUCGUUUCUGCUCUCUCCUUGUCCACGACGAAGACAAAGCAGCGAACUUCCGGGAGCUGUUUCUCGUGUACGACAAAGAACACACAGGGAAACUCAAGAAGCGAGUCGUGAAAAUGAUUUUCUGCAACCUUGGCGAGCCUUUGUCUGCCGCCGAGUGGAGAAGUUUCGAAGGAAUCUUCGACCUCGCCGAUAAAAAGGACGACGAUCUGGUGCCGUACGAGCCCAUUGUGAGGAAGCUGCUGGACUUGCCACAGUGACCCGAUGACAAGGAUAGCCAAGCGAGUGUGCUGGGUUUCCCUCGAAAAAGACCUUGAGUGGAUUUGUCAUUCCGAACCGAACAACAAGCUCCCUCUUAAUACAUGCGUUGGCUCUCCACCGGAAGCACGUCGCCUUCGAAGUUGUUGGGGCGCCAACGAGAGUGGCAGAACAGCAACGCCUGACAGAUCCUUGUUUGCGUUCGUCUGUGCAUCGAUGUCUGGAUUCGCAAAACAGGGAAGAGACUCAUGAAUAAAUGCGUAUGUGAACCGAAUUCGUCUGUACGCAUGUUUGCACGUAUUUCUAGCCGUGUAUGCACACAGGAGUAGGGGACCCUGAUAACCACCGCCCGGAACCUCCUGCGUUUUUCCUUCUCUCCUCGUUCCUUUCCCUCUGGAAAAAAUAUUUUUCCGUUGCUGCCUUUUUCUGUCUUCUUUGUGCGCGAUACCUUGGCCCAUGGGUUGUCCAUGUUCACCGUACAGAUGUGUUUCUAAGCUUUCCUCCUCCCUAGUGGUGCGCCUUCUGUUUCGAAGAACACCGCACCACUUGAGUGAACGCAGUUUUUUCUCUCCGAACAAGUGACGAUGUUAGUGCUUUGAGUCGCCUAUCUCGCCCUUCGAACCGAGCUCUUCUACGCAGAACAAGGAAACUUAGUUGAAAGUGGUAAUCAUACUGUUACCAUUCUUCUGAGUGACCCUUGUUCUAGGCAGUCUGUAUUUUCUCUCGAACUUGACAGCGUUAAGGCCUCCCGAC